CUGCAUUCGCACCAAUUCCCUCGAUUUUAUUUAUUAAUUAUAUGACUGAUACGUAUGUCAGUCGUUUGUUUAUGUAUCUCCCUCCAAGUUUACGUUAUAAUCCGAAACAACGUAAAGUAUUUAAUCCUUAUGUGUUGCAAGCCUCAGGUGAUCCUAUCAUAACCAUAGAAAUGUAUGAUUGGUUAACACGUCGCGUGGAAAUUGAUGUUAAAUUGAGUGAAUUAAAAGAUUUCCCAAAAAAGAAAUCACUUGUAACUUGGAUUAAAGAUACUAGUGAUAAAUCAGGGAAAAAUAAGUUUUAUGUUGCAAAGGGUUUAAUGAACCAAGAUCCAUUCUCUAAAGGAUUAGUUGAAUGGAUUGAAAAAAAUAGUAACACAAUUUCGAUAACAAAAGCUACUAAUAAAGACUGA